AUGUUUCGACUGUUUUUACUGACAAGUUUGUGUCUAAUAUGUUCUGCGUGGCAUAAUAUGGAUAACAGCCGAUUUCAUUGUUGGCCUGCACAUGCUUCGCCAACAGUGACAGAAACAUUAGCACAGCAUGGUUCUAAUUGUAAAGGUAGUUCCUCACCAGGACUUUUCUCGUGGUUCAUAAAUGAUUGCAUUUCAGGUGUCCAUCUCGAUUGGAUUACACCACCACCAAGAAAAGUUACUCAAGAUGUUCCGUUCAACGUUUCGUAUUCAAUUGACCUGUUACCAGAGUUCUUCGAUUGGGCGAUUACAAAAUCUCCACGUCCAUUAUAUACAUUAUCCAAUCGAACGAUGAAUAGUAGUCAAUCGUGGUAUCAUUGGUGUCAUACACAUCAACCUACUUUCGAUCUGUCCGACCCAAAAAUUGAAUCAGAUGUUUGUUUAUGGCAUAUAAAUGUUCAUGCUUGUGGAAUCAGUAGUACAGUUCCAUACUGUGGACCAUGGAUUCCACCAAGUGGUCAAAUCUAUCACAGCACAGUCAUGGUAGGACCUGCAGGACGCAUCUAUGAAAGUACUGUGAUCAUACCGGUAUUUGGUGUGGUGGAAAUCAUUGCUCAUUUCAAAGUGGGUAUAGCAAAUUGGAUCCACAUUGCUCUCGUGAGCAUGAAUGUUCAAGUUAAUCGUAGAGCAAUCUGUGGAGAUGGCUUUUGUGAUGUCAAGUACGAGAAUUGUUCAAAUUGCCCAUUAGAUUGUGGCAAGUGUCCACUGAAACCUAUUCAGAUUGGUUUGAUUACUGUUGGUUGUGCAAUUGUUGUCUUUUCAUUUAUUGGAGUUGGUUUAUACUUCAAAAUAAAAGAACAACGUCUUCUCUGGGAUCCAAGUUGGAUUAUUGAUGUGAAAGAAGUUCAACCGACCCGCUCACAACAAUCUAGCAGUCUAACAUCUAUAAACGAUUGUCAGAAAACGAACUUUUCAAGACAAACAAGUGAAACUAACUUAAGUAUCACAACAAACUUGUCUAAUAUAAGUUGUACCCAGCAAAUCUUCUGUCCCGUUGGUUAUCUCCGACAUACAUAUGUUACCAUCCGUAAAUAUAAACACAAACAUUUCCAAUUAACACGUCGUGUACGUGAACAAGUUCGUCUUGUUCGAACAUUUAAUCAUAAUAAUGUUUGUAAAUUCAUGGGUGCAUCCUUAUUUCCCAAUGAAGUUAUUAUUUACAUGGAAUAUAUGCCGAAAGGUUCGUUACGUGAUGUUCUACAAAAUGAAAAAAUACCAAUAACAUGGCCGUUCCGAUUUUCGUUUGCCAUGGAUAUCCUCAAUGGGUUGUCUUACAUACAUAGCCGACAUCUGAUUCAUGGUCGAUUAAAUUCAUCGAACUGUGUUGUUGACCAACGUUUAACGGUAAAAAUAACAGAUUAUGGCCUUGAUCAUCUUCGUCAAGGCACAAUUAGCGUCAAUUCAUAUGUGCAAUCUGUUGAAGCAUAUAAACGUGUUUACUAUGCACCAGAAUUGAUCUCUAUCAAUGAAUUGAAACUGACUUCACCUAUUGACAUUUAUGCAUUUGGCGUCAUUCUCAACGAAAUAGCCACACGAUCAGAACCUUUCGGAGACGAUGAUGUCGAAUCAAUUAUGAAAGUCGGAUACCGUCCUAAAAUUGCUCAGAUGACACAUGAUGUCAACAACGAGGUCGAAGAAGAUUUUUGUCCAUUACCAUCGUCCUACACCCGACUGAUAAAACAAUGCAUUAUGGAGAAUCCAUUCGACCGUCCAACAUGUAAAGACAUACAGAAAAGUUUGAAGAAAAUGUGCCCAUUGCAAAUGAGCCCAAUCGAUUUGAUGUUCAAGAAGAUGUCUUUGUAUCAAACGAGUUUAGAACAAGCCGUUCAAGUGCGGACAUAUGAACUCGAACAAGAAAAACAAAAAUCGGAGAGUCUGCUGUAUAGUAUGUUACCAAAGAGUGUUGCUGAACAAUUGCGAGUUGGUCAACAUGUCACUGCAGAGCAUUACGACAGUUGUACAAUAUAUUUCAGUGAUAUCGUUGGGUUCACAACUAUCGCAAGUCAAUGUAAACCGAUCGAUGUCGUCGAGUUUCUCAAUCGGGUCUAUACCACAUUCGAUACCAUCAUUGAUCGAUAUGAUGUGUAUAAAGUCGAAACAAUUGGAGAUGCAUAUAUGGUUGUUUCUGGUGUACCGAAAAAGAAUGGAAAUGAACAUGCACAUCAAAUUGCAACGAUGGCAUUGGAACUCAUACGUCAAGCAAUGAAUUGUCUCGUGCCCUAUUCCAAUAAUGAAAAGUUGCGCAUUCGCGUUGGUUUACAUUCAGGGCCUGUAUGUGCUGGUGUGGUUGGGUCAAAAAUGCCUCGGUACUGCCUGUUCGGUGACACGGUGAACACAGCAUCAAGAAUGGAAUCGAAUAGUGAAGCGAAUAAAAUUCAUAUAACAAAAGACACCAAAGAAUUGCUAGAUAAAACUGGCCGUUUUCUCAUGGAAAAACGUGGAACAAUUCACAUCAAAGGCAAAGGCGAAAUGACAACCUAUUGGUUGCUGGAAGAAUUAGAUACGAGAAAUGACUACAUCGAAAAGAAUCUAUUAUACGUCCAGCCAAUAAGACUUCCACCGAUUUAUAAAAAAGAUGGUUCCUGUCAAUUACACGUUCCAAAUUCAACGAGUAUUUUCAUACCCAAUCGAUCGCCAUCACCGCGCAAAACAACUACAUUUAAUCUAGCAACUUUUGAUUAG